GCUCGUUACGCACUUAACGGUCUGCACAUAGUAUAUAAGCAGGUCUCACACAGAAUCUGUACUCCAGGUAAACAGUAAUUGGUAUCAUUGAAACUAUAGUAACGGACUUCAGUUAAUUGGCCAAAACAAGACGAAUAUAUCACCGGAACAACAAUGAGAUGCAUGUGGGAACCAGGUUUCCUUGUGGCAGCUAUGGCAGUUGUUUUGUUUGUACCAGCCAUAGCUGUUCCGCUGAAUUCUACACCGUCCAGUUUCAUGUCGACAUCAUCCAACAAAAGAUCAUCAAACGGUAAUACCCAAAAACAUCUACCAGUGCCAAGGCUUGAACCCAAGAGACCCUUAAUUCUAGAUCUUGAGCCAGAUCCAAGAAAGGCAAGUCAUCUUGUUUUAUUGUCAUCUACCGUGCCUUCUCACACACCAUUAGAAACAAUUCCCGAGGAAAUAUUAUGGGGACUAAAUGCCACAAACCGAAAUCGGGUCAAAAAAGAAUUUGACUUUAUAAAACGACCAGUGUGUGACGUAAUAUCGCGAUGGAAUCCUAAAACUGAAGCUAUAGAUAUGGCUGGCAACGUAGUGACUGUAGUUCAGAAGAUAUCCGUUGGAAAUAGUGUUGUGAACCAAUUUUUCUACGAAAGGAGUUGUGCCCAUGAAGAGCGUUAUUGUAAAGGCAUAGACUCUAAGAAAUUUGAAUCACAGUGUGAAACAAGAAACAUGUAUGGAUAUGCAAAAGUUCGCGACCGAUAUGGCACUGAAGGCUGGGGAAGAAUAGCCAUACCAGGAGGUUGUGAGUGCGUAUUUUACCAAAAGGACCCAUUUGGUUUAAUAGACAAUAAUUGA